AUGAUUUUUCUCUUCAAUAAGCUCCUAUACAAAGGGAAGUACAUACCUGUUGGUCGAAGAGUAUUUAGAGAAAAACUGGUAAAAGGAAGAAAGCAGAAAUCCCCCAUAAUUUUAUUGCCUCCCUAUAUAUCUAUACAUGAACUUAGACUAAUGUUAAAUAUAAAUUAUGAAACAUGCUUUAAAGCUGCUAAUGUUUAUAAAUGUGGAAAUAAAUACAGAUGGAAAGACUCAGAUGAUAGGAUCUUCCAAACAGUAAACAAACGAAAUGUAAUUAUACCUUACAAUGUUGCAGCAUAUGUUAGUAAAUUAUUUAAGUUUAAACCAAAGCUUAUUGAAGUAGAGAUAUUUUGUGAAGAGGGAAAAAGAGUUGAUAAGUCUCUCAUGGACAUAUAUAAAAAUGCUUACGAAGCUGAAAAAUAUUAUGAAAAUAGUUUGAUGCACCAAAAUGGAAGGUUAUAUUGUAAUAGGGAAAGAGGUGUGAACAUGGGUGGAGGUGCAAAUACAUUAACGAGAGACGUGAGAAAAAUAAGUUUAUCAAAUCAGGGCAGUAUUAAUAGAUGUGGUAAUGACAAUGGUAGUGGUAUGGGCCAUAGUGGCAGCUACAAUAGUAUCUGUGUUAGUCAUACUGACGACAACAGUGAUAAUCAUACGCAAGGUUUGCACGAUUGUCUUCUGGCGCACCCCAGUGCUUACUAUAGCUCAUCUAAUGAAAGGCAAAAUUACUAUACGGUUGUUUCCGUAAUAGGACAUAUAAAUCAUGGGAAAACUACACUACUAGACAAAAUAACAAAGAAUAAUUUGGCUCUAAGUGAAGCUGGGUGCAUUACACAAAAUAUAAAACCUAUAAAUUUUGAAUAUGGUCCUUAUAGGUUUACAUUUCUAGACACACCUGGACAUAAAGUUUUUCAAAUAUUUAGAGGAAGAGCUGCAUUCCUUUCAGAUAUCCUUAUUAUCUUAAUUUCGUUAGAAGUUGGAGCAGAAAUACAAACUGAAGAAUCAAUAAAAUAUGCUGAUAAAUUCAACAUACCUGUUAUUUUUGCUUUAAAUAAAGCUGAUAUAUAUGGGGGUAAUGAAUCUAUAGUAAAAGCGGAGCUAAAAAAGCAAUGUGUAAAGAUGUUUGAUGAUGGUAAUUUAAAACAUAAUUUUUCAGUAGAAAUUGAAAAUUCGAUCACUAUAUCAUCCUUAAAUGGUUAUAAUUUGGACAAGCUAGUUAAUAGAAUAUUUUUCAUAUCACAGAGUAUAAAUUUACCAUAUCAUAGUGUAAACGAUUUUUAUACCCAUUAUAUGGAUGAUCGUUUGGGUGUUAACAACAGCUAUAUGGACGACUGCCCACGUGUCGACGGCAGCCGUGACGAGGAAAAAGCCAAAGUACAGAGAAAUGACGAUUUGAAUUUACUAAAAAAGUAUAUCCGAAAAUCCGAUUUUCUACUAGCGCUGGAUAAAAGCCCAUUUGGAAUGGGCAUUGUAGUAGACAUAAGCAAAGACUCAAGUAAAGGCACGAUCCUUCAUGUUAUUGUAAGAAAUGGUUUCUUCAUUGAAGGCAGUUAUUUUAUAUGUGGUUCAGCUUAUGGAAGGAUUCAAAAGAUGUAUAAAUUUAAUAGUAACUAUAAGGAAUGCUGCAAUUAUGCAUCUAUAGGUAUGGCAGUUCAAAUAUCAGGAAUAAAAAAAAGUGGGCAUGCAACAACAGACGACUUAAUUUUUACUCUUCCACAAAAUAAUGCUUUCAGAUUAUGCCAAUACAGACUCAUGGUCGAAAAAUUAACAACAUUACAAGUUAGUGGUAAAGAAAUUAAAGUUUCAUGGGAAAAUGAUAUGAAAAAAAAUGAGUUUCACGCAGAGGAUAUUUACGAAAAUAGACUUGAAAUGUCUGAUAAAAGAAAAGCCAUUGAAGAAUUUGGGGUACAAAAUGACAAAAUAUUUGAAGAUGUAUCUGUGCAAGAAUUUCAUAAGAGCAAUACUCAACUAAGGAAAGAAGAAAACGAUUUUGUACAAAUUGAGUUAGAAGAGGAACAUAAAUAUGAAGAAGUGCAAAAUAAUAAAAAACAAAAAAUACAAACUAUACUUAUGCAACAAGAUAAUAAUGAAAGUAUUUUAGUGCCUGAAGAAAAAACAAUUCUAUAUUUCCAGAACCCAAUAAAUAACCCGCAAUGUAAUUCUCUUGACAAUGAAUCCUUAUCUGUAGGGGAGGUAAAUGGCACUUCGGAGAAGCAGCCUUGUAAUAGGGAAAAGCCCAACAGUACAAAGUUGGAUUAUUCUAAAAAUAGUCAUUUGGAAUAUUGCUACCAGAAAAAUUACAACCCACAAAAUGAUCGCCAUAAAAAUGAUGGAUACAAACAAUCUGUUCAUCCAGGAAUCUCCAGCUCUUCUCUUAUCAACGAAUAUGCUUUCGAUAGUGAUACCUCAAACAUAUUAGACAAUAAUUCUGUAAGCCAAAUUGACAAUAAAGGACAAAGAACAGAUUAUGAUUAUGCUACUUUGCAAAAUAAAGUUUACGGUUCGAUGGAAAAAAGGAGUACAAUGAAAGAGGAACAGAAAAAUAUAGGCAAAGAGGCAGUAUGUCGAAUAGGGGAAGAAGAGAGGAAGAAGGUGAAAAAUGAAGAAGAUAAUUAUUCUAAAGGCACAAAUGUUCUUACUGAUAAAGAGCUAGAAUUAAAUUACAGGGGAAGAAAAAACAAAUAUUCUAAAGAUUUUUACACAAUGUAUGAUACAUCAUUGAAUGAGGAAAGCUCAGAAAAACCAGAUACUUCACAUAAUGCAAAUAACCAAAAUGAAGGUAAUAACUGGCGCGAAAAUAUGAACAAAUUGAAUGAACCCUGGUACUAUGAAGAAAGCGAAGAAACGUGGACGAAAAAAGUACUUCAGAGAAAUGAUAAACUUAUGGAGAGCUGGAGAGGAAAAACACGACAGAGAGAAAUUGAAAAGGAAAGACAAUUAUUUUAUGAAAAACAAAUGAUAUUGAAAAAUGAAAUUAUGAAAAGACGACUUCUAGGGGAAGAAGAACUAACUGAAGAAGAAAUUAAUGCGUAUCUUUAUGGUGAGAAAAAUGAAAAAGCAGAUGAUAACACAAAUGCAGUAGAUCAAAAUGAAGAUAUUAAACUACCAGAAAAAAAUUGCCCUGUAAUACCUAUUAUAAUCAGAACUAACUACGUUGGAAUGUUUGAUAUUUUUUUAGACGAGUUUGAAAAUAUCCAAAAAAAAUAUAAUGUAAAAAUAUCUGUUGUUCAUGGUGGUAUAGGACCUAUUACACCAAAUGAUGUCGUCCAUGCUGAAGUAGAAAGUAAUUAUGGUUAUUGCUGUAUUUAUGCUUUUCACGUUAAAAUAUUACCAGAUUCCGUAAAACAAGCAGUUUUGUCUAAUAUUGUAAUAAAACAAUUUGAUGUUUUCACCGACCUAAUAGAUGAUGUUGUCAAUAGAAUUAAAAAUGUAAAGGCUUUAAUUGCACAUAAUAUGUAUGUAAGGAGCCUCAAAAAUGAAAAAACACGGGAGGGGUUAUAA